AACGGGAUCAACAGAAGGCAGAAGGCAGAAGUUGUCAGGAGGUUCACGAAGGAACAGCUGAUUAAACCGCACAAUGGGACCUCUGCUAGGUCUCGUGUUGUCGGUGUUGGCAGCACUUGCGCCGGCAUCUGGAUCUAAAGUACAGAGGAUCCCGAGUCGGCCAUGUCUGCGCCAUGGAUACAACGACACCAUCUAUGAACACAGCGCCAAGGAGUUCUGGGGCACCCGGGAUAUACCACUGUCCAAGUACCGGGGAAAGGUUGUGCUCAUCGCCAACGUGGCGACCUACUGAGCCUUCACUCACCAUUACUUGGGUAUGAAUGCACUACAAUCCAAGUUUCAAAAUGACCUCGUCGUCCUGGGAUUCCCCUGCAACCAGUUCGGAUUGCAAGAGCCGGGAGCAAACGCAACUGAAAUCAUGAACGGAAUCAACCACGUUCGACCCGGCAACAACUUUCAACCAAAUUUCCAAAUGUUUGCCAAAAUUGAUGUAAACGGGGAGAAUGAACACCCACUCUUCACUUACCUCAAGCUCCACUGCCCCACCACCAGAGAUGGGUUUGCCAGCAAAGCCAACCUAUUUUACGAACCAUUCAAGAACUGGGACGUUCGCUGGAAUUGGGAGAAAUUCCUCAUCGACCGGUCCGGCCGGCCGGUUAUACGUUACGACGCCAGCACCAACCCAGAAGUAAUCACCAAGGAUAUUGAGAACCAAAUCAAACUGGGAUCUUAAAACAGUCCAGAUAAAAACAUCAGAUUAGCCUUAGUUGCCAACAGUUUUAAUUAGUAAAUUAUAUUUACACUUAAAUUAUUGGGAUUUUGGAAAAUAGAUGAUAUUGUAAUUAAUUACUCGAGCAUUAACGAACGAGCAUUAAUGAAAAAUUAA